AUGAAGCUGUUUGAGUGUCGUAAACGAAAAAAAGAUCCACUGGCUCAUCUUUUCUCGCUUGGUAUCUUGGGUCAUCAAGCAAGACAUCGAAAGAAGGUCGCCUUAUUUGGCUCUUUGCAAUUGGGAAGGGAGAUCUUUCACAAUCUAUUACAACAGUUACUGUUGCGAGAAGGGCAUAGUACGAUCGAGUUAGUAGAAGUACGUCGUACCAACACCAACAAUAUCAUCAUGAUUGACCCACGAGUGUUGGAAGAGGAGAUUCCGGCGGAAUGGUUCAUGUUUGCCAGUUCGGAGGAUGCACAGCAUUCCAAUGAGGUCUACAAUGUGGGCAACACCAUGAACUUGCCCGAUCCCAAUGGACGAGAAGGUGGAGCCUGUACCGCUGCGUUUUUACAGGCUUGUUAUCGGGAUGAGCGUGAUACUUCGGUAGACCUCAGUUAUGUCGGUAUUCUGCGAAAGAUGAGAGACGCCAUGGACGAAUUGGGAUUCGAAGAUCAGAACCCCCAACUCUCGUGCAGCCGCGAGAUUGAUAUCAACAAAACCAUGCACAUUGUGCCUCCUGGUUGUGUGGGAAACAAGCGUGCGCUCUUGGUCGGGAUCAACUAUGUCGGACAAAAGGGAGAGCUCAAAGCCUGUCACAAUGAUGUCAACAAUGUUAAAAAGUUCCUCAUGGAUGUGCACGGAUUUGCGGAGAGGGAUAUCCUCUGCUUGAUGGAUGAUGGGGUGCAAAAAAUGCCCACCAAGAAAAAUAUUGAAACCGGAUUUCGAAUCUUGACGUCGCGCAGCAAGCCAGGAGAUGUGGUCUUUGUCCUCUUUUCCGGUCACGGUGGACAACAACCAGACGAAGACGGUGAUGAAGAGGAUGGCUUGGACGAAACACUCAUUCCUGUGGACUUUGACAAGAGCGGCCACAUCAUUGAUGAUGAUAUCCUCAAGAUUUUGGUCAAGCCAAUGAGGAUGGAUGUGCACUGCACUGUCAUUAUGGACUGUUGCCAUAGUGGCACUGUACUUGAUCUUCCCUACGUGUGCGGUCCCGAUCACGACUCCAUGGAACUGGAAACCGACUUCAAGGUACAGCCAACCUACAAUACUUUGAUUGAACGCAUACAGCACAACGACAAGACACUGGUCGAACUGGCUUUGGAGGAACCCGAGGAGGAAUGGCCUGCCGGGGAAAAGUUUGACGAACUCUGCGCCGCCUUGAGCAACAACUGGACCAUUGAGGCCAUCUAUUUGAACAGUUUCUUGGAUGAGUAUUCGGAGGAAGACAAGGACAAGCUCUUUGCGGCCAUUGGAAAGAUGGAAGAGCUUUCCGAGAUCCACAUUGAUGUCGCCAAGGGUAUCACCUUUCAGCAGCUGGAACCAAUGGUCCAGGCAGCACAGAAUCUCCGUGUGCUAAAGUUUGCGGCGACUCAAUUCAACAACAACGGCGCUGACUACAAGCAAUUCGUUGAGGUUCUACGAGAGCAUCCCAAGGUGAAGAAGUACAACUUUGAUCGAUGCUUCUUUGCGGAUAAAAAAGAACAACCACCGUACGUGCCAAAACUACGAAAGAGAUAAAUCAUCAGAGGGAAAUUGUGGCAUGCGGAGGACAACCGGACGAGGACUUGGUCGGUUUCGGAAUCAAUCAGGCUGCGUGCUUGACAAUCAACUAGCCUUCAGUAGGACAGUGUCAUUUACGUGAAUUACAUAGAUAACCUACCGCAGCAGCGGUGUAGCUUUGAUAAUGACAAACAAACAAAAAACGCGCGUUGCAUCUCCUUGUUACGGUCGGAGCGUAUUUGACCUGGACUCAGGAUAGCCCUUCAGCUGGAAGGUGCGCU